GUCAAAAAAACGUCAGGUUUAUUGAACGACGGUCUACUUUGCAGUCCGUUUAAAUUAAUUAUAAGCUUAAAACUAACGCUAAAGUGAUGAAGUAACACCGUAUCGAACAAAACCAGAACAAACUCAACAUCUUCACAUUUAAAAACUCAUGGCACAUGCGCAUGACGAGGACUACGAAGACAGGUACUACUCGUCGGGCCGUGACAGCGAUGACAGCCCCAUCUUGUAUAACAGGUACGCAACCCGCGUGGAGCGCUCUCCGUCGCCGGAGCCGCGCACGCGCCGGUCGACGGUCACCGCCCUGGCCAAGUUCUUCCUCUUCUGCACGGCCAUGAUCAUGUUCUGUGUCCUGCUCUACAUACCCGUCUAUAAUAAGGCCAACGAUCAAAUGUUUAAAGGUGCUGCUGUCGCCGGCUGGUCCAUUAAUACAAACCGCGACACUAAAAUAUACGUACAACCGAACAACGUGACCACCAUACACGAACCCAAACACAUAUGCCCCCCACACACUAGAGACAAAAAGAACAACCUAUUCCUUCUCAUCAUAGUCUGCUCCUCCACCGCACACUUUGACAGAAGAAUAGCCAUAAGAGAAACCUGGGGGCAUUACAAAACAUAUUUACAAUUAUCUAAAAUUUAUAACGAAGCUAGGGAAAAGUAUAAAGAUUAUAAUUAUACUUACGAUUUGUAUCCAAUAGAUAGUCAUAUUAAUAGUAGUGCUAAAACUAAAAGAGAUAUCAGCAGCUUCAAACAUUUGCUGCCAGAAUUAGCUAAGGCUCUUCAAAAUGAUCUUAAUGAUAAUAAGAUUGAAGAGAAAACAGAAGUACCUGAGGAAAAGAGAUUCGAAGAUGAUGUUAUGCUACCUGAAUUUGAUAUGAAUAAAGAAUUAGGUGAGGAUAACGAUUAUAAUUACGAUUACGAGAGCAACGUUAUGAAAAUACCUCCAAAAGGUUACGAAGAUAAUACUAAUUUAGAUAAAGUUCUUAAUAUGUUAAGGAAAGAUAAGCAUUUUCUUAAAGAAGAUGAUAGUAAAGUUAAAGAAGACUUUAAAAUAGAGGGAGAGCCAGAUUUCAAACUCUUGUUCCUUCUUGGUUUGCCGAGUAAUGAGAAUGAUACAGAAGUACAGAAUAAGAUAGAAGAAGAAGUCCAGAAGUACGGAGAUGUUUUGCAGGAGGGCUUCAUUGAUUCAUAUAACAAUCUUACUUUGAAAUCUAUAAUGAUGUUGAAGUGGGUUACAAAUAAGUGCAAUGAAAGUGUCCGCUACAUCCUAAAGACAGACGACGACAUGUACAUCAACGUGCCUGCGCUUGUGACGAACCUGCGAAACCGUUCGCGCGACCACGACCUCAAGCACCCGAACAGCAAAGAGUACCUGCUUAUUGGGGACCUCAUAUGUGGUGCUAGGCCGGUCGCUGAUAAGCACAAUAAGUGGUACAGCCCUCGCUACAUGUACUCAGGACGCGUGUACCCUCGCUACCUGUCGGGUACUGGGUACGCGUUGUCCGCACCCACCGCCUCUGCUCUAUACCGAGCCGCCUUACACCAGACCUACUUCCAUCUAGAAGAUAUUUACAUUACUGGCAUGUGCGCGUUGCGUGCGACGCCUGUGAUCCAGCCGCGGGACGACGCCAUGUUUUCCUACCAGCUGCUAGGCGCCGGCGCGCGCGCAACCUGCGCCGCGCACGCGCGCGUCACCGCGCACCGCGUGCCGCCCGCCAAGCUGCAUGCCAUACAGCGCCGGCUGCAGAGCCCCGGCAAGGUUGAUCAGUGUGAACGGUUAAGACUAACGCAGGUAAGAAGGGACCGAAUGCGACCGAAAACGCGCCCCAAGGGCAAGAGACUAACCAAAAUACCCCCUAGGUUAUAAGGGCUAACCAUAUUGGGGAGGUCACUACGGUGGCGGGGCGUCAAUAUAUCGACUAUUGUGGGU